AUGCAUUUUGACAACAAUAAUUAUGUCAUAUUAGUAUUUCUUGGGGGCGCUUGUAACCCAACAACCUGGCGUAAAGACAUUGCAAUACCAUUUUUGGAAGAAAACGGAAUCCCCUAUUUUAACCCUCAAGUGGAUGAAUGGUGUCCCGAUUUAAUAACCAAAGAGGCAGUAGCGAAGGAGCAGUCGUGUUGUCUUCUCUUCGUUUUUGAGCCACACCUCACUCGAGCUCUCGCCAGCCUCGUGGAAGUGGCCUAUCUUGCCGCCCAAGUCUCCAGUCAAACCCACUCUUCCUGUUUCCAGAAAAGGAAAAAUUGUUGCCGUCCUCGCCGUCCCAGACUCCUUAUCAUCGUCAGACCCUCCCCAUCUUUUACACCACAUUAUGGUAGGAAGGUCGAUACUCUUGCGGAAGCAGCGAGUUUAGACGCCGCCUAUGAGUGGCUAGAAGGAUGUCAUCUCCCCAAUGUCUGUUUCUUCGAAGUCCUUGAAGAUGCUCUCCGUUUCAUCAAUGAAUUCUACUCAACUCUCUCCUCACAUAACCCUCCACAAUCUCCAAGUCAUUCCAUUUGGAAGAAAGCUAACAAAAUGUUAAAGAGUCGUGCCGAACCGAAGGUCGAUUACAAACCAUCCAGUGUUAGUCAUGAAAGGCUCAUUGAAGCAUAUAAAUACUCAGCCGCCUAUAGUAAAAUAAAAGCAGAUUUGCCUAUCAAUAUUUACUUCGGUGGUGCUACACCUAAGAAGAUGGACAUGACCGAUACAUACUCCGACCAUGCGGGUUGGGUGGUGAGCCGUAAGGGAGCCAAACGAAAUUUUCAGCUUAGUAUGGCCGUACAGCGUCAAUGUCCCCGGCUAUAUUUUCACAUAUCUCGAACAGGGUUGUGGAUUGUUGAUCAGAUGGAAGCCGCUUUUGCUAUUGGAAGUGGCAAAGAAGUCUUUCUUUGUGUAGAAUAUCUUCUUGAUGAAGAUACAUCUCUGCAUGGAGGAGUGAGGUCUAAUAACUCUUCAGGUUAUAGUAGCCUUGCUGGUACUCCGGAAGAUGUUUUCCACCCACCUACGGCUCUAAAUAAGGCAUCUUCAGCGUCGUCAUCGUCAGCUCCGUCUAGGUCUGGCUCUUCUAGUGAAGGUGAAGAAAUAAGAUCAACAGCAGAGUUCUCCAAACUUCUUGUUAGUAGCCCUGAAAGCGACACGGUUGUACAAACCCUACCUAAACAAAGUCGAAAUCUACUUCUUCACACUUCAGAUGUAUUUGGCCUAUCUCAGUUUGCGGUGAAGGACCAUAAUCGUUCAAGAAGUUAUCUCAAGUCCCUCGUUAAAGAAACUUCAGAGGAAUGCAGCAAAGGUUACCUUCUAGACCAUCCCGUUGAAAGUAUAAGCGACCUCAUUGACCUAUUGUGA